AACGGUGAACUGUCCGGCAGAUCAUUCUCAGGAACAGCCGACCAGGUCUGGUUGCUCGUCCGUCGAUCCCCCCAGCUGCCCACACUCUUGUCUUGCUCCGUCGAUAGUCGCCGGCCAACAGCCCUUAUCGGGUUCUGCUCGUGUGUCCGGCGUGGGGUUGCAUCUGCAGACAUUCAUGGAAGAAGCUAGUUAGUCUGGAUCCCCCGCCGGAACCAUGUGGCCUGCCCUGGCAGUGGCAACUCCUAUGCCGGUCAGGAACGGAGCAAGUUGCCCAAAUCGUGGCUCGUUAAUGGUAGAGGCACCCCGUCGGAGAAGUAUCAUUUCGAGAGCACAUGUCAAUGGCCACCCAAAGUUAGGGUUGCUGCCCCUGACUGGGGUUUCUCCCAAUCUCUGUUUACUCUUCAAGCUCAGGAACACCUUUCCCCGUAAUUCACCCCUUCUUUUCCUUCCUUGCGUGAGCCCGCUGUGCUCUAUCCAGUCUUUACUCGAAUUGCUUUCGCCCGCCUCUGGGCUGUCGUUCUCUUAUAAUUGUCACUCUGGCUCCUUUUUCUAGGCAAAUCCUUCUUUCACUGCCAUCUUGCGCAGUCUACAUGCCUAUCACCAUUCGUUCUCCCCUCGAAUAACGGGUCGUAUUCAUAAUUAGUGGAAGGAAGAUCGAC